GCUAAGCUGCUAUUUGAAAUUCAGAGUCAGAGGUGGUUUCAAGUGCGCCAAGCGUCUCCCUCAAGAGGUACUAAUAUGAAUCAGUAAGGAAGUCUUCUUUCCCUCCAAUCGUCUCUUUUAAGAGAUGGGCUUCAUAGAAUCGGAUGGCAAAACUAAAAGAGAAAGACUAACUAACACUCUCCAUCCUUUCUUAUAUUUUAUACGCUAUUUGGCCUGAAAAGAACCUAUCCGUCGCAAAACAAUAGAAAGAUUGUCUUUUUGUCCAAAAUGUCAUUUUCGGAUAUCCUAAGAACCUAGUCUUGCAAACGAGAUGAGACGGAUGGACUACGAACAGAAGGGGCACUAAUCUCAUUCAUGGGCAGAAGUUCCUUGUCCUAUUCCUUUACUAGGCGAUCUGAACUAUUGAUCGGAUUCACUAUAACAAGACAUUCUUCUUCACGUCGCAAAGACCGGAUUUGUCCAAUCCCUAACCUCACAGCUGAGUCAACAGCACCGAUUUCCGACAUUCAACUGAAUAAAAUAGCAAAGAUAGAAACGAGUAGAGAAUGCGCAGUUAGAGUUAAGAGGGUUUAGGCUUGCCCCUCUUACAGAAGGAUUUAUGUCCUGCUAUAAGGAACUAUAAGGGAAGAAUUCACUGCUUGAUAAGCUUUUGUCGGAAGAAGCGCUUUUCUAGAAUCUGCCUUACCGGAUG